CGCUGACCAUGGCGACCGGUAAUAGCAGCAACAGCAGCUCUGUGCUGCUCAAGACGUCGAUGGGAUCUGUCGUCCUUGAGCUCUAUUGGGAUCAUGCUCCCAAGACGUGUAAGAAUUUUAGCCAGCUGGCGCAACGUGGUUACUACAACGGUGUCAUCUUCCACCGAAUCAUCUCCGACUUCAUGAUCCAAGGAGGCGACCCUACUGGCACCGGACGAGGAGGGACAAGCAUCUACGGCGACAAAUUCGAAGACGAGGUAAGCCCUGAGCUCCGCUUUACUGGGGCGGGUAUCCUCGCCAUGGCAAAUAGCGGACCGAACACCAAUGGAAGCCAAUUUUUUAUUACCUUGGCUCCCACGCCAUUCCUCGAUCGGAAACACACGAUCUUUGGUCGCGUACAGGAAGGUAUGAAGGUUGUCCAGCGCAUGGGACUGGUGGGCACCGACUCGAAUGAUCGACCGCGAGACGAGGUCAAGAUCCUGGAAGCACAUGUCAUAGAUGCGUGACCGUAUUCCCAGGCUACGGAACACUACAUAAAUCCGGAGAAACAGAACACUCCGAACCCCACCCGCAUCGAUGUGGCCCGACAUGUCAAUGGCCAAUCUAUCAAGCGUAAUUUCUCCUCGCAAUCGCAUAUUCACGACGUUUCAUCUGUAUUUGUUUUUCCCCUAAAUUGCCCAAGGCGCGACAGAGAAAGACGUCUCAACACUCACCAGCCAAUCAAGAGCCCAUAAAAAGCGAUCGGAAGUUCGCCACGCGUUCUUACUCCCCGUGUUGGCGAAGAAAAGAGGAAGAAAAAAAAAAGGGGCAAACUGAC